AUGCGAGUAUUUUACUAUAUCUCAUUGUCCAUCCAGGGUGCGCCACCCUGCGCCACCCUGUUCACCCUGCGCCACUCACCCUUCACCCUGCGAAUCAGCUUCUUCUCAACGAGCCCCGUGUUGAGCAACAGAGAGAGGUUCCCGUAUUUCUUCCGGACCAUCCCUAGUGACGUGUACCAGGCGGAGGCCAUCGUCUCGCUGGUCAAGCACUUCCAGUGGAAGUACGUCAGCAUUGUGUAUGAGGAGUCCAGCUACGGCAUGUUGGAUGGAUUUAACGAAGUUGACCAGCAACUGAACAGGCACGGGAUCUGUAUCGCCCUCAGAGAGCAGCUACUCAAAGACUCGGGAGUGCCUAAAGACGAGGACUACGACAAGAUCGUUCAACGUCUGCUGGAGAAAAAGUUGGCUCGAGGUGUGAUUAUAUUCGGCUCCGACCAGGAGGUUGCUGGGCUCAUGAGGGCCGUCAGAAGGGCCGGGGAGACGGGGACGUUUGCCUGGAUUGGCUCUGACGGCUGGGGAGGCAGAGGUCUGGCUUACAUGGGCAAUGAGGAGGAGGUCGAGGGUGCCGUGACCGUCCAGCCACUGGCAGAAGAGGUCCAAGGAUUUAAAGACUAUUUCCUGAAGCUUCGACCGUCGUCCAACACACGGAACCCCUGGUUCCCCGAGUACUGGGAGGACGUGUUCCAGUGCCGCCAUGAAAAAGCCCCCCGCACCCCAAAUAACAAAUAUUACAACAGGACAUGCCAGGAGGACAUGAGCAUCGAGGAGGACCACCCCUUCAUGAUGGAGGCCCAGCUACAGUUCGUGUCAGACUCCGUCAUGGCCUUCGCUUACGCCUUCAAGGAGAUCCACGGCAACUUCUGUCUCGGGGUCCCAGGUGUAUGUGAGGCCAUGAAAAAGGUACCGGGGGAGGUCAUCAAAGACGCUCUCCAAAAAGUCAAGUUUACAGGUCUAUCUGGCCAAGAGUUCGAGUUCCUGUCCAAUGGGGACGGGCCAUCUCGGUACAGGAUCCUCAACUUUAGGAAGACGGAGUCAGGGGGCUACGAGUGGGCGACGGUUGGAUUUUAUAAGAACAGCACGUUAAAUAUCACGGACCCGAUCAUCUUCCGGACGACAGAGCCGGACCACCCCCCGUCCGUGUGCAGCUCCAAGUGUAGCCGUGUCCAGUACAUGGAGCCUAUCCCCGGGGACCCGUGCUGUUGGUACUGUAAGGACUGUCUCACAUACCAGUACCGUCCUGAUGAGACCAAGUGUGUUGAGUGUCCUGACGGCACCCUCCCCAGCUACAACAUGACGUCAUGUAUCGAGAUCCCACCCAUCUACCUCCGCUACACCGACGCCAUCGCCCUCGCCGCCAUGGCCGUGGCCACCCUCGGCAUCCUGGCCACCCUAGUCACCGCCGCCAUCUUCCUGAAGCACAACAACACGCCCGUGGUCAAGGCCUCGGGCCGAGAGCUCAGCUUCGUCUUGCUGCUGGGCAUAUUCCUGUGUUACACCAUGACCUUCCUGCUCGUCUCCAAACCAACCAAGUACGUCUGCGGCGCUCAGACCAUCGGCAUCGGCUUCUGCUUCUCCGUCUGCUACUCCGCCAUCUUGACCAAAACAAACCGGAUAUCCCGGAUAUUUAGAGCCGGAAAACGAACCGUAAAACGUCCGAAAUUCAUAAGUCCUGAGUCGCAGCUGGUGAUCUGCGCGAGCCUGGUGGCGUGUCAGAUCAUCGUCAGCCUGAUCUGGCUACUGACCAGCCCGCCCAACGCCCGGUCGUUCUACGCCCGGCGGGACGACCACCAACUGGUAUGCGAGGCGGCCAUCGGGUUCGCCUACAUGAUAGGGUUCUCGUACCCCAUCUUCCUGGUGCUAGUCUGCACGGUGUACGCCGUCAUCACGCGGAAGAUUCCAGAAGCUUUCAACGAAUCCAAGUACAUCGGAUUUACCAUGUACACGACGUGUAUAAUAUGGGCGGCGUUUGUCGUGAUCUAUUUGAGCACCUCCCACAACAUACAGAUCCGUAUAGCGACAAUGUGUUUCUCCAUCAGCCUGAGCGCCACUGUGGCGCUUAUCUGCAUGUUCACGCCAAAGUUGUACAUCAUCAUCAUGCGGCCAGAGAGGAACGUGCGUCAGAGCAUGAUGGCUAAAAAUAUGCACGUCAAGCUCAACAAUAGCUCGCCCGGGGGUCGGGUCGACUCGGGUACCCAGAGUGACGAUUUUGAAAUGUCCCGUCACCUACGCAGCUCCGGUUCAUUCAGCAGCGCGUACAGCCGGUCCACCAACGCCACCCAGACCUACAGCAACGGUCACAGCAUCAGCACCCAGACCCUGGACAGUGUGGGCGACCCAAGGUUCGAUGACGAUGACGUGGAGUUAUGA